GGCUUUCACAGUUUGUUAUUUACAGGAACCACACUAGCACCGCCCGUCCGGGAUGUUCGCGCCGCCGCGGCUGCUGCUACAACCUCACACACUCGCGUGACUCCACAAGCGGGCGUCACGCACCUUUUCCGGUUAAUUUACAUACAUAACACCGCCCAGGAGGACGAACAUGGUAAUCCGCCGUCGGCACGGAGCUAGUCGUUCGCGGGAGGGGAGCGAAGAACAGCUGAAACAAAGUUUGGACGGGAGAGGGUUGUUUUAAACCGAGCGGAGUGUUUCGACUCGCACACACGGACGCUCAUCGGGCUCUUUGCCCCACUUUGGGAUUACGCUAUGGACGCUUUGAAAUCAGCUGGAAGGGCAAUUAUACGGAGCCCCAGCAUCGCCAAACAGUCCUGGGGUGCGAGCAGACACAGAAAGCUCCCAGAGAACUGGACGGACACGAGAGAGACCCUGCUGGAGGGCAUGACGUUCCAGCUCAAGUACCUGGGGGUGACGAUGGUUGAGCAGCCCAAAGGAGAGGAGCUCUCUGCAGCAGCUGUCAAGAGGAUAGUGGCUACGGCCAAAGCCAGCGGAAAAAAGCUCCAGAAAGUCUCGUUAACGGUCUCCCCUCGUGGAAUCAUCCUGUACGACAGUGCCUCAAACCAGCUGAUAGAAAACAUCUCCAUCUACAGAAUAUCAUAUUGCACUGCGGACAAGAUGCACGACAAAGUGUUUGCCUACAUCGUGCAGAGCCAGCACAACGAGACCCUCGAGUGUCACGCCUUCCUCUGCUCUAAGAGGAAAAUGGCCCAGGCGGUAACUCUGACGGUGGCUCAGGCGUUCAAAGUGGCGUUUGAAUUCUGGCAGGCUGCCAAAGAAGAGAAAGAGAAACGAGUGAAGUCGGGUUCAGAUGGGGAAGGAGCCGGCAGCUCCCAGUCGGACAGCUCGGCCAGCCAGGGCAGCCUGAAGGGAGGAGAGGUCGCCACAGGGAAGCUUCUGGAUUUGGCAGAGGGAGCGAACGCAGCGCUGACCCACUCAGGAACAAAGCAGAGCGCGUUGGAUCCCUUUACGGUGCAUAAUCACGCAACAGAGAACAACAAUACUGUAUGGGAGUUGGAGGACGGUUUGGACGAGGCUUUCUCAAGCCGCAGUCUGGAUAGCUUUGAAUCCUACUCAGACUCGCUGAGUCUCGCACUAACCCCCAGGUCCUGGACAUUGGGGUGAACCCUCAGGACCUCAGCACUGAAGAGUGCCUGUCCCCGGGCAAAUGGGACCAAGAGGAACCAGACUUCACCGCACAGAAAGACGCGUGGGGGUUCUAACGCGAAGCCGCUGCCAAGAAGGGAAAACCAGGGAAAUGAGGGGAACGGUGGUAAACAUGGACGAAAACUGAAGUGGCAAAACGGACACUGUGACGUCAGUCACGUUUCCCACCACCUCCCUGCGGUCGUCUUCUCUCUGACGCCUCUGCGGUCAUGUGACCGGAGGACGGUGACCCGAGCAGGCUGCUCACAGAACAGGCCAAAGCAAUACGAACCGUUUAUCCUUUAAUUUUUUUUUUUUUAAGUCAGUUCGUGUUUGUUACAGUGUGUUACUCCUGUGUCUGUUUACUGUUGUGUUAUGUGCUUGUGUAUGUUGCGUGUUUGUGUGGAUCUGCGGUAUAUAAGCCUGCAAAGCGAGCUGAGUACUGAUGCGAGUGCAGUUUGUACUUGAGUGCGAGUUAAAGGUCAGCAGUGAGUGUUAAAGAUGGAGGGGAACUCACUGAGGUGCAGUCAUGUUAUUACCUGUGUGCUUCAGCCUGUUGUUGGCAGCAAAAGCUUUAAAAAAAUGUGCGUUUGUGUCGUUAAAGAGUGUUUGUGUGGAAAAAUGGAUGAGAACAAAGUGACAAUCUUAUUUUUUUUGUAUUGCAAAAUCUAUUUUUGCACUCAGCAUUCAUCCGCGUUCAAAAGCACAUUUCACGUGAGGGAAUUCAUGUCCAAAAGUGUCACUCUUUGUUUCGGAUGUUACGCAGUGCCUCUGUUCACCGCCCCGCUCGGACUGUUUGAUUCAUGAUGAAACUUCAUCAGCUUCAUCAAACCUGCAGCCUCACCAAUCAGCUCCGAGGACAACACGAGCAUCCGGGAGGGUGGAGGCGUUACACGGCAGUCUGCCACCACCUGUUAGAGAAGUUCCCAGGGAUCGAUCCCAGUGUUAUUUUUGGCAUUUGUUAAUAUAUACUUAUAAUUUAAUUAAGCUGUUUUCAUAAAUUUCAAUAAAAAAUCCAACUAUC